AUGGGGUCAGAGGGAGAGAAAAACAGAGAAAAGAUACAUAGUGCUGGAGGCUACAAUCUCGCAGCUAAGAGGAACAACAUGGAUGCCCAGUCUCGAAGCGCAGGCUCCGACGAUGACGGCUUCCCUCCGCACGGCGUCGACGAGGAUCAUGCGUUCGGCGGUGCUUCGCCGGCUCGUCCACAUGCAGCCCAUUCUGGAUUCCGUGCAUCGAAAUUCAAGCAGCAUAAGGAGGAGCUGUACGAUCUCAUCGCCGAGGCGAAUGCAAAUUCUGCCGCCACCUGGCAGGACAGGCUUAUGCUCCAUCAUCUGUGCUCGCAAAUCGAGCCUAGACCAAAUGACCCUCAAUGGCAUUCCUCUGCUACAGGAGUUCAUAUGCGCAAGGUAUUUGGACUCAAGAAGUGGAUCGCUUACACUUCGUUCACGGUUGGUGUUGUUACUUCUUUGAUCGCUGUUUUUGGCCUGGCUCCCAAUCCUAAAAUAGUAGAGUAUGAAGGACAUCUUGUUACUGCUGAGAGUGUGCCCAUGCUACAAGAGAGAUUGCGCAAGCAAGAUGGAUAUCAGCGUGCUGCUACUGCUGGGGAGUGCACAUGCAAACAAGGUGCCUCAAAAACUUUACGGAGUAUCAUAUAGUAUAUAUUUCUUUUGCGGAAAUGCUACUGCACAGUACAUGAUGUUUUCCGAGCUAACCCGCUCUGCGCCGUCGGAUCCCUCGCAUGAAUCUUGGCGCUGGGCAGCGUCGCUGCAUCAUGUUCGCCAACCGUUCACCCUAACCGGCAACCGCGUGAACGCCUACCAUUAACCCCCUCUUUGUUGCCCCACUCGCCCACUAACCACACUCGCGCACAUGUUC